AUGGUAGGUGGUAGUGGUUGUCAUGUUGUUGAUGUUGUUGUGGGUGAUAAGAGAAUUGUGGAGGUUGAUAAUGGUAAUUCUUGUAGGAUGGAUUUUGUAAUUGGUGAGAGUUCUUUGGUUAACGAUUGUGAUGAUUUUGGUGGUUUGUUGCCUAGUUUUUAUCCAGAACCAGAGAGAGUUUUGUUGUCUGCUAGGUGGAAGGGGAUUAUACAUAGUGUUGGUCAAGAAUUUGAAGGUGGAGUGCCAGCGUUCCGUAUUGCAUUGGCUAAGUAUGCAGUUGAGUGUGGUUUUGCAGUGAAUUAUUUGAAGAACGAUGCAACAAGAGUAACUGCUGAAUGUAUGAUGAAGUCAUCUACAGGUUGUAAAUGGUUUGUGCAUGGAAGGGUGUUGAUGAAUUCCGGUAUUUUUUUUAUAAUGAAGUUGGAUAAUGUGUAUACUUAUGGGGUUGUGGCUCGUAGAUCUUGUAGCAAAAUGGUUGGUUCUAGACUUGUGUCUGAUAUUGUGCAAAAUGAUAUUAGUGAUAAUCCGUUGACUCGUCCUAUUGAAAUUAAAAAAAAGUUGAAGAAGCAAUAUGGUAUAAAUGUUUCUUAUCGGGUUGCAUGGUUAGGAGUUGAUAAGGCAAGAGGUGGGUUGUUUGGUGAUUUUGCAACUUCUUUUGACCAACUUCGAUGGUACCUUGAGACGGCUAUGAGAACGAAUCCGGGAAGUGUGUUUGAAUUAGAUGUGGAUGAAAGUAGUGGGUGUUUUCGGAGGUUGUUUGUGGCAUUUCAUGGAUGUUUGUAUGGCUUUCAAUUUUGUCGUCCGUUGUUGUUUGUUGAUGCUACAUUCUUGAAGGGGCGUUACAAGGGGCAUUUGCUUGCAGCAACAUCAAAGGAUGGUAAUCAAGGUCUGUUUCCUUUGGCUUUUGCGAUUGUUGACGCUGAAAAUCAAGAUAAUUGGAUGUGGUUCUUAAGUCAGUUGUUAAAGGGUGUUGGUUCAGGCCGGAGAUUGACCUUUGUGUCGGACCGUCAACAUGGAUUGCUAGACGCUCUUUAA